UUGUUGGUCUAGAAUUCCAGUUUCGAGUUUUUUGUUGUUUAGGGACUUAAAUAGUCUAGCAAUGACUUGCCUCGUGUCAAUUUAAUACAGCCAAAUGACACGCUAACCCAAGAAAGAUGUUUUCCAUUGUGUUAUCGCGGGCGGUAAAACAAUAGAUGCGUAGAUAACCACCUGUUGUAGUACUACAUCCCUCCGCGGCUAGCGACGCUUCGGCGUGGUCAUUUCUUGCCCCAGAUUAUUGAGAUGAGUAUUUCAUUUCAUUCAUUACCCAGUCAUCGUUGUGUAAAGGUGUAACUAGUUUCGCAAUUAGUUUAUCAACUUAACAUUUAAGCGUCUGUGAGAUCGGGCUGUGGGCAGUGCGUCAAAGUGGAACCUGACUGACGUUAUGGAUUAUGGUGAGCAUGGAGACUAUAUAAAUGGUAUCGUCAAGGAAGAGAAAAUGCAAGUUGUGAAGGAAGAGCCAGUGUUCGACGACACUGCCGACACGAGCGAGGCUGCGCUGGCCGGGCUGUACGCCGCCCACGUGGUCAAGGACGAGCUUGUGCCGGGGCCGAAGCGCCCGCACCGCCCCGACGUCGGCCUCGUGGUGCGCGGUAUCGUCAAGGAAGAGAAAAAGAAAAUGCAAGUUGUGAAGGAAGAACCAGUGUACGGCGACAGUGCCGACACGUGCGAGACUGCGCUGGCCGGGCUGUACGCCGCCCACGUGGUCAAGGACGAGCUCGUGCUGGGGCCGGAGCGCCCGCACCGCCCCGACGUCAGCCUCGUGGUGCGCGGUAUAGUUAAAAAGGAAGUGAAACUAAAGGAUGAAGAAAUGCAAAGUGUGAAGGUGGAGCCAGUGUGCGACGACAGUGCCGACACGCGCGAGGCUGCGCUGUCCGGGCUGUACGCGGCCCAUGUGGUCAAGGACGAGCUCGUGCCGGGGCCGGAGCGCCCGCACCGCCCCGACGUCGGCCUCGUGGUGCGCGAUUGGGCACUCGGUGACGCAGAUAGCUGUCCGCUGGCUUUGGAUCGUGGUGGAGCACAGGUCGCGCGGGUCUGCUCCGAGCGACUCGAGCGCUGCGCCGAUGCCACAUCACACCACGUGCCCAGCGAGACCGCGAGUGAACAAAUCCUCGCUGAACGUGCUUCACCGCGACAGAAACACACCGAUACCCUUCAACACGAGACAAAGUACGUGUGCGAUUGCGGUGAAAUAUUUCAGCAAAAGCAUAAUUUAAUUGAACACAUAAAGCUGCACCACCGAAUGGGUUCCGAUUCCGAUAAAUAUGAACGCAGCGGACUAACUAGCAAACGACAAUAUGUUUGCGAUAUAUGUAAAAUGACGUUUACGAGAUUGAACAAUUUAAAAAGUCACAAAGGCGUACACACGGGGGAAAAGCCAUAUUCCUGUGAAAUAUGUAAAAAACGAUUCAGACAGUUGAGUGGUGUAAAGAAACAUAAACUAAUACAUAGUGGUGAAAAAUCAUAUCAGUGUGAUGUGUGUGAAAAAAAGUUUAACCAAUCGUGUCAUUUAAAAAUACAUAAACGAACCCACACUGGCGAGAAACCAUAUCAAUGUGAAGUAUGUCAAAAGCAAUUCAGAGAUCAGAGUGCUGCAACGACUCAUAAACUAAUACACACUGGUGAAAAACCAUAUCAGUGUGAUGUAUGUGAAAAAAAGUUUAGCCAAUUGUGUAAUUUAAAAAUACAUAAACGAACCCACACUGGCGAGAAACCAUAUCAAUGUGAAGUAUGUCAAAAGCAAUUUAGAGAUAUGAGUGCUGCAAAGACUCAUAAACUAAUGCACACUGGUGAAAAACCAUAUCAAUGUGAAGUGUGUGAAAAAAAGUUUACUCAGCCGAGUCGUUUACAAAUACAUAAACUUUCUCACACUGGUGAAAAACCAUAUCAAUGUGAAGUAUGUCAAAAGCAAUUCAGAGACUCGAGAACAGCAAAGAAUCAUAAACUAAUUCACACUGGUGAAAAACCAUAUCAGUGUGAAGUGUGUGAAAGAAAAUUCACUAAAUUGUGUAGUUUAAAAUCACAUAAACAAUCCCACACUGGCGAAAAACCAUAUCAAUGUGAAGUGUGUGAAAAAAAGUUUACUCGAUCGGAUCACUUACAAUCACAUAAACGUGUUCACACCGGCGAGAAACCAUAUCAAUGUGAGGUGUGUGAAAAAAAGUUCACUCAAUUGGGUAAUUUGAACUCACAUAAACGAUCCCACACUGGUGAGAAAUAUUAAUGUGAAGUGUGUGAAUAAAAUUCACUCAACUGGGUAAUUUAAAAUUACAAAAACGAGUUCAUAUUGGCGAAUAGCCAUAUCAGUGUGAAGUAUGCAAAGAAACAUUCAGACAGUUGAGUGGUGUAAAUAAACAUAAACUAAUACGUACUGGUAAAAAAUACCUUAUCAACAUGAAAUAUAUAAAAAAAACGUUUGGGGAAUUAGGUGAAUGGAGCGUCUAUAAACGAGUACAUACCGACACAAGAGGACACGUAUCAAUUGACUACUUCUAACACUCA